AUGGACAAGAAGGCUGGUGCGGAAAGGGCCUCGGCGGAGGAGAACUGCUCCAGGAAGAAGGCUAAGGUCACGGUGGAGGCCGAGGCUGCGGUGUCCGCGAUCACUCUCAACGUAAACCCCAAGUUGCUGGAGUGCUCUGGUUGUUGCAGCCCGUUGGUUCCACCAAUUUUUCAGUGCACAAAUGGCCAUAUCACAUGCUUAAAGUGCUGCGCCGAUCUGAAGCACAGUAGUUGCGGCUUGUGUGCCUUGGAGCGCACCGGCUGCCACGCCUGGGGUCGCAUCCUCGGCGGCUUCACCAUGCCGUGCUCGUUCCAGGGGCACGGGUGUACCGAGACGAUACGGUUCACGGAGAAGCUGGCCCAUGAAGAGUCCUGCCUCCACGCCCCAUGCCACUGUCCCAUCGCUGGCUGCCGCCCCUACCGUGGACGGUCCCUGCGCGACCACAUCAACUUGGAGCACGCUACAAUCCAGUACACCCGCGUCACAGCCAGCAGCCUCUACCCCCUGAGCAUGCGCAACGACGAGCCAGCCCGCCUGGUGUCCCUAGGCAGCAGGGCGGUGUUUCUCCUUGUGGUCGACCGGAGCAUCCCGUCGGGGCGUGCGCUGUCGUUGAUCCACCUUGUGAGUGACCCGAUCGAAAAGGAGGAUUUCAAGUACAAGAUCGAAGUGCAUACGCGGAUUGGCAUUCUCUCUGUGUCCGGCAGCGAGACACCGAGCGUCGGGCGGCUGAUGAGGACGCACCAGGCAGGUGCGUUGCUGUUCGUAUCAGACGCCGUGUGGUCUCCCCAGGAUUCUCCCGUGUACCUCGAGCUGAAAUGA